CAGCGCAACGGGGAGCAGAUGGCUGUGGAUGCGGACGAGCGCGAGGAGAAGCUUGAACGCGAGCGGAUGGAGGAGCUCGGUGGCGCAGGCGUGUACUCCACCGACCUGUGGCGGAGGGCGCUGCUGGAGGACGACAGCUGGAAGUACGACGUCGUUCCCGAGAUCAUGGAUGGCAAGAACGUGAUCGACUUCGUCGACCCCGACAUCGACAGGAAACUUGCCGAGCUCGAGAGGGAGGAGGCGCUCCUGGUCGCAGAGGCCAAGCUCAACGACGACGAGCAGGUGCUCGAGAAGUUCGCCGAGACGCAGGGCGUCCUGGACGAGCUGCACAGCAGGAUCCGGCAGAGGCGACUCGAGCGGCGGCUCGAGAAGUCGAAGAACCACGUGGCCGUUGGGCGGAAGGGCCGGAACAAGAAGGCCGCGGAGGUCGAGGAGACCCUCACGAAGGGGGGCGUGGACCCGGUCAAGGCGGCCAAGAUCCGGGGCAGGUCGGCCUCGGUGAAGAGGUCGUCCAGCCUCCUGGGGAAGAGGAAGCGCGACGCCACGGCGGGCUCCGAGGGCGCGCCCGAGGGCACCCGGGCCGCCUCGGCCGCCAGGGCCUCCAGCGCGCGGGCGCAGAGCAGGCUCCGGGGCGUGGCCAACGAGGAGGCCGCGUCCAAGAUCGAGAAGCUGCGCAGGAAGCGGAUGCGCGUGCACGAGAGACACGGCAAGAAGGGCGAGGCGGACAAGCACAUCCCCGACUGGAAGCCCAAGCAUCUGUACAGCGGCAAACGCGGCAUUGGCAAGACAGACCGCCGAUGAGAGCGCCUGGGCGCCCCCCAGCGCCGGACGGUCUAGCCGCCUCCGGCGCUGGCGCGCGCGCGCGGCCGCGCCCCUCUCCUCCAGGGUUGUCCAG